AUGGCUGCCGCGCUCCAAAGCCUAUACAAGUACGCGAUCCCGCUCGCCCUCGGAGCUGCGUUCGCCGACGCUUCAAUCUACGAUGUCAAGGGUGGCACUCGUGCCGUCAUCUUCGAUCGAGUUUCUGGUGUUCAAAACAAGGUCGUCAACGAGGGCACGCAUUUUCUGAUACCUUGGUUGCAGAAGAGCAUCAUCUACGAUGUCAGAACGAAGCCAAGAAACAUCUCGACGACGACUGGAUCCAAGGACUUGCAGAUGGUGAGCUUGACUCUCAGAGUCUUGCACAGACCCGAGGUGCAGAACUUGCCCAAGAUCUACCAGAAUCUCGGCCAAGAUUACGAUGAGAGAGUCCUCCCCUCCAUUGGAAAUGAAGUCCUCAAAUCCAUCGUCGCCCAAUUUGAUGCCGCCGAACUUAUCACGCAGCGUGAAGCCGUCAGCAACCGGAUACGCACCGACCUCCUGAAGCGCGCACAGGAGUUCAACAUCGCCCUCGAGGACGUCUCCAUCACACACAUGACUUUUGGAAAGGAGUUCACCAGAGCCGUUGAGCAGAAGCAAAUUGCCCAACAGGAUGCCGAGAGAGCGCGAUUCAUUGUUGAGAAGGCGGAGCAGGAGAGACAGGCCAACGUUAUUCGUGCAGAGGGUGAGGCUGAGUCCGCGGACACGAUUAGCAGGGCGGUCGCGAAGGCUGGUGAUGGCUUGAUCAUGAUCAGAAGAAUUGAAGCCAGCAGAGAGAUCGCUCAAACUUUGGCAGGCAACCCCAACGUGACAUAUCUGCCAGGUGGUGGAGAGGGCGGCAAGGAGGGUGGUGGUGGUGGCAAGUUCCUGUUGGGCUUGAGAUAG